AUGGACGACUUUCCGCACUACGCCGUCUUUGGUUUCUUCGCGCUCUGCGCCACGCUCGUGCUGCUCCUUCCGCUCGCGCUCCGCCAGGUGCUCGCCAGCUCCGCGCACCUGGCGGCGACCGCCGCGCGCGACUACUCGGAGGCGUGCGCGGAGGCGCUGAACCACGCGCUCGUCGCGUACACGGCGGCGCAGGUGGCGCUCUUCACGGCGCUCUUCCUCCCGCCCGCGCUCGUCUUCGACGUGCUCGCGCUGCUCCGCAACUCCUGCCGCCCCCGCCGCGCGGGCCACCUCAGCUACUUCAUCCCGCCCUUCCUGCGCGCAUUCGGGGAGGAGGAGGGGAUGGUUUUCCUCGGGCCGAUGACGGCGGAGGAGCUGGCGGCGCUGCCGCAGGUGGUGUACGGUGAGGAGGGGUGCGGCGGAGUGGAGGGUGGCGGAGAUCAGUGGCAGCAGGAACAGCAGCAGCAAAAGGAGGAGGAGGAAGGCGGCUCGGAUUGUUGCAGUGAUUGUACAGAUGGUGAUUGUACAGAGGGGCUGAUGAAGAGGAGCCUCCCAGGUGGGCCUGUGGGGUCUUCAAGCGAGGGCGUAAUUAGACGGCUCGCGCUACGAGCAGCAGCGGAGAGACGUGCGGCGGAGAGAGGUGCGGCGGAGGGGGGAGCGGGGAGCGUGGCUCGCGAGGGCGAGGAGGGUGAAGGCAGUGGGUCGAGUGGCGAGGAGGGAGCAGCAGCAGCGUUGGAAGGAGGCGAGGGGGGAGAGCAGCAGCCGUUAGUGGCCGCUGCAGCAGCGGCGGUGCCUGUAGCGGUUGCGGCAAGGGCUGGGGCGACAGGAGGGGCAGCAGGGCGGUGUGAAGUGGAGGAAGAGGAGGGAGAGGAGCGAUCCCAGCUGCUGGUUCAGGGCAGCAGAGAAGGGGGGGAGUGGCGGGUGCAGGUGGAUGGGGAGGGCGAGGGGGAAGGAGAUGCGCAUGGGGAUAGAAGUGGGGAUGCGGGUAGGGGUUUGGAUUGCAGUGGAGGAGUAGGGAGAAAGGUUGUGAGGACAGAGAGCGGGGAGGAAGACCCGUGCACCAUCUGCUUCGAUGGCUUUAAGAGGGGCGACCAGCUGAGAGUACUGCCAUGCCAACACAGGUUCCACACAGCGUGCAUCGACGAGUGGCUCAUGAAGAAGCCCCUCUGCCCGCUCUGCAAGCGCUGCGCCCGCCCGCCGCCGCCCGCAAUCAUGAGGACUCACCGCAUGUUCCUCUGGCUGCUGUCGCACACUACCGCAUGGGAUUUUUCUCAAGCAGGCGGGCUCAUGGGCAUGCUGUGGAUGGCCACUGUGCUGCUCUAUGUCAUGCACGUGGGGUCGAAUUAG